CCUUCACACCGGAGUUCUGUAGAAUAGCAGCAUGAAGGUGGAGUCGGUUCCGACGCUGAAGGAUGGUAGAACAUUGCGAGAAGAAGUAUUUUCGCAGUGGCAUGACUUACGGAAGGCCUUCCUGCAGGAUACCAGUCUCCACGGUUGGAAAUAUGUUCCUUGUCAGAGGCGGCAUAUAUUAGUCAGAAUAUUAUGGGCAUUGCUGCUUUUAACAAUGAUUGGGGUGAGUCUGAGUGCGCUGGCUGAUCUUUACAAGAAGUACUACAGCUACAGCUUCAUCACCAAGAUUACAAGAGAACGCAAACAACAGAUCAGGUUUCCUGCUAUCACUAUAUGCACCCUGAACAAGUUUGACAUAAGCGAACAGAACCUAACUAACGCAGAGCUAGCCUAUCUUCGCAGCUCUGGGUACCUUGCACACAUUUUACCGCAAGUUGACUGGGACGGAGAGGAAGAGAGAGAGCUCGAUAAACUGGAUAAUGUCAAAUUCUGGGCUGGUGGGGCAUACAAAAAAGAAGAUAUUUUUAAAGUCAUAUUCUUCAAAAACAACCGAAUCCUCCAGGAAAGCUUGAACUACAGCCAGAAGCAAGAUCAUCGCUGCUUCACCUUCAACGCUAACACUGAUGUCAAUGCUCUUGAGUCUGAACAAACAGCACUGUUAAUGUCUAUUGACAUCAUGCAAGAUACCUAUCUGGAGGGAGCUACAUACGAGGCAGGGGUACAGGUAUAUAUCGAUGAACCUGAAACAGCACCAAGCUACAGUGAUCAUUCACUGAUUGGUGUAUCGGUCGGGACGUCGACACGCAUUGGGCUGACAAAGAAAAAGAUGAAGUACCUUCCAGACCCCUAUAAUACCCGCGGGACGGAUUGUGUGGACACUACAGCCUCGGACUUUGUCAACCCUCUGGAGUGGUUCAAGGUGUACAGCUUUGACGGGUGUCUUCUGGAGUGCUCCAAUAAGGCUGCCAUGGAUGCCUGUAACUGCACCGCCGGAUGGGAACCCCAGCAAGCAAGAGUCAGUUUACGACACUGCUCUGUGAAGGAUGUGAAAACAUGUUACGAUCAAGUACAGUGGGAAGCCAGGAUGGGGAAGAGUUGUGCAUGUCAGUACCCAUGUGAAGAGACAUCGUAUGACAUACAGGUAUCAUCCAUGGUACUGCCAUCAAAGGUCACCUUCCCGUUUACUUUACUGAAUGCGGCAUAUACCCCUGACAAGAUAAGACAAAAUUACCUGGUUCUACAAAUCAGACUUGCCAGCAUGGUAGUUGAAAGGACCGAGCACGUACCAGAACUGGAGUUGGGUGAAAUAUUUGCCAAUAUUGGUGGCCAGAUGGGGCUGUUUCUUGGGGCCAGUAUACUCACCAUCGUCGAACUCUUGGAACUAGUGGCCGCAUGUUUGCUGACAAGCCUGACGAUCCUUUGGGCCAGACGUAAACGUCAUGGUUGAGGAACAAAAUGGACCUCGAUUGCUCCAGUCUCGAGGAAGCUGAUCCCUGCUCAGUUGAAUUGUGGAUGUCCCAACAUCAUCGAAUAGAUAUGUGUUUUCUUAAAA